AUGUCGUCGCCAGCCAUGGCGUCCAUGCUUUCAUCUGCUGGCCCAUCCGCAUCCUCCCUUGCAGCACAUCGAAAUCUCGCCCAGCGACCUCUGGCAUCGUCAUCCAGCAAACCUGCACCCCCCAAAGCUUCCUCUUCGCGACUCGCACCAGCACCAUCUUCCGCUCUUGCUCCAGCACCGGCCCGUCUCGCAUCAGCCUCCCCUCCAAAGCCAAAAGCAGCCCUGCCUCCUCCCACUCUCUCGGCCAGCCCUGCACCAUCCUCAACCUCCUCCUCCUCUGUUACUGCACCCACCGCUGCUGCCAAAAAAGAUGCCACCGCCGGUCCUCUAGUCCAACCUUCCAAGGAAUGGGUCCUGCCUGCACGCGCCAAACCCGGUCGCAAGCCUUCCGAGACGGAACCCCUUACCAAGCGCAAAGCCCAGAACCGUGCUUCUCAGCGUGCAUUCCGCGAGCGUAAGCAGUCCUACCUCGCCGAGCUCGAGGCCAAAGUUGCCGCCUACGAAGCCGCAGAGAUCGAUCGUAGCGUCGAAAUUCAAAAGGUUGCCCAAAAGCUUCGCUCCGAAAACGAGACUCUACGCAAAGAGCUUUCGCUGUGGAAGGAAAAAUUCGCCCACAUCGAGCGUUACCUUCUUCAGGCCAAGGCCAACGGUGGACGACUGCCCGGUCUCACCCCGAGCACCAAGUCUGGUCCCGGAUGCAAGGCGCCAGCGCACGAAAAGCCACAGACUCCACCUAAAAGGGGUGUCCUCGUCGCGCCAGGUGCAAAGAGCGAGCGCGAUAGAGAUAGGAGUGCUGGUGGCGUCAGAUUCGCAGAGAUGGCCUCAGACAAAGCAGCAGCAGCAGCAGCAGCAGCAGCACAACAACAGCAGGCUAGCCCGCCCAUCGACCAGCAGCAGAUCGCCGCGUCCGUGCCUCUCCGACGCCGUCCUCCUCAGAACCACGCCGUCGAUGCAAAGACGUCUGCAUCUAUCGCUGGCCCCACCACAAAUGCACUUGCUCAGCCGCUAGCCGAUCCGCAGUCAGCGACUCCGCGCAAAAGUUCCAAACCUGUCCUCUGGUCGUCCGAGCCGCCCUCACCGGAAGCCCCUUCCGCAGCCGCAUCCACCUCAUCUACUGCUGCUUCCAGUGUGCAAAAGACCGAAUCGCUCCUGUCCCCGUCCCUGCUGCCCAACGGUGGCCAUCUCUCUGUCGAUGGCGGCUGCGGCUUCUGCACCGAGGCCUCCCCCUGUGUGUGUGCAGACGACUUUCUCGAUCUCGACAAAGAUCCGCAGCCAUCGCACAUCGCGUUUCCCAGCGACGUCCCUUCUGCGCUUCCGCUCCCCAAACGCAAAGCAGCUUCAAGUGCAUUAGAUACUUCGAGAAGGAUGAGCAUUGGUUCCCUCACCCACGCAAACGAUGUAGCUUUCGACCAGCGCAGGAGAGCCAGCCCUGCCAAGAAGCUCUGGUACACUGUUCCGCAGCCCGAGUCUCCGCCGGAGUCCACUGUCUCCCGCAACUCGGUAGUGGCUGCGGUGCCGCUCUCGCUCAAGCUUUCCACAAAGAGCAAGACGGGCAAGAAGCUCUGGUCUAUCACCGAAUCACCUCCAUCGGCUGAGCCCGUGUGCACAGGCGACCCCAGCACGUGCGGCGCUUGCUCUACCGACCCAGGUCUCGCAGCGUUCUGUGAAGCCGUCACCACUGCUGCCGCCACUCCCACUCCUUCCUCCUCCUCCGUACCUUCUUCAGCCACCGCUGCUGCCUCGUCUCUUCUGUCUCCACCACGUCCAGGCAUGCUGCGUUCCAGCACGACCGGCCAGCUCCCUUCUGCGUCCUCGUACGACUCGCCUGGCGAAACCAUCCCAUCCGCAUGGCGUCAGAUCCGCUCCCACCCGCGCUUCUCCCAGUGGCAAGGCGGGCUUGACCUGCUCGCUGAAGUCGUGAGCAAACGCAGUGGCAAUGUCCACUCUCCUCUGCUCGCAAACAAGCGUCCGAGAGAAGCGUCCGUCGAGAUCGAACCGUCUCGCUCCAGCAUCACGUCGACCUCGUUGGCUACCAGCAACGACCGUGCCACCGCCAAACCGGUGCUGCUGCACACCACUUCGGAUACCACGGUGCACAUCAAGACCGAGGAGGAUGCAGACGGGAUCGAUGUCGAGAGGGAGCACAAGAGGAGGAGGAUCUUGAUCGAUCGAGAGGCUGUGCAGGAGGCACUGGCGCUCUUGGAUGCGGGCACUGCUGCUCAGCCCAGAGGGAGUGUUGGAAUGGGUAUGAGCGCAAGGGAGGAGCAACCGUGUCCGUGCCCUUGGCGACCGGGUGACAAGCGCUCACCAUCAGCCUGA